CGCGCGCGUGCGCAGACGCCGCCAGUGCCGCCGCCUGCGCAGGGAGCCGCGCGCCGCCGGGAUGGACGAGGACGUGCUCACCACGCUCAAGAUCCUCAUCAUCGGCGAGAGCGGCGUCGGCAAGUCCAGCCUUCUGUUGCGGUUCACAGAUGAUACAUUUGACCCAGAACUUGCAGCAACAAUUGGUGUUGACUUCAAGGUGAAAACUAUUUCAGUUGAUGGAAAUAAAGCUAAGCUGGCAAUAUGGGAUACUGCAGGUCAGGAGCGGUUCAGAACACUAACGCCUAGUUACUAUAGAGGUGCACAGGGUGUUAUCCUAGUUUAUGAUGUCACAAGAAGAGAGACCUUUUUAAAAUUGGAUAAUUGGUUAAAUGAAUUGGAAACAUACUGCACAAGGAAUGACAUAGUUAAAAUGCUAGUUGGAAACAAGAUUGAUAAGGAAAACCGGGAAGUUGACAGAAAUGAAGGUCUCAAAUUUGCAAGAAAACAUUCCAUGUUGUUCAUAGAGGCAAGUGCGAAAACAUGUGAUGGUGUACAGUGUGCCUUUGAAGAACUUGUUGAAAAAAUCAUUCAGACUCCUGGACUGUGGGAAAGUGAGAAUCAAAACAGAGGGGUAAAAUUAUCGAACAAGGAAGAAGGCUACGGAGGAGCAGGCUGUGGUGGAUACUGCUCUAUGUUAUAAACUCUGGGAAGCUUAUCCUCAUGCAUAUUUAAGCAGAUAGUGACAUCUUUCUGUAAAUAAACUCAUUAACUGCUAUUUUUAGGGACCUUGCAGUUUGCACAUACUUUGUUUUUGUAUCAUGGCAGUGAACAUUUGUAGAAAAAUGUGCUCAGCAGCUUUCCCAGUUGAAAAGUGUUAUGGUAAGCAUGCCCAAUUUGCAUUCUUCAGGUUUUUAUAUGUAGCAUAAAUAGUGCGCAAAAAGAGAAAAUGCACUCAAAUUUUAUGACCUUAUACAUUCAUCAUGUAACUAUUCUAAACGAAUCCAUCUGACAAAUACACAUUGCUGCAUUCUGCCUACUUUGUCUCCCUCUUUUCUCUCUCUCUCUCUCUCUUUUUAAGUAGUCUUGGAAUUCUAGAACUACGUUGUUUGAAAAGAUUUUGACAAUGAUGCAAGCUAUAUAUGUAAUAUCUCUUCUUGGUAAAGCUUUUUCUCUAUAGUAAAAAAAGUGCAUAAUCAUGCCUUUUUUUAAACAGAUAGUUUUGUUUAAUGCCAUGCAUUUAGCAGACUUGUCUAAACCAUGGCCUGUUCCAGUUUGCAGUUUUAUCAUCUGCACUUGUCUUGAAGAGAGGCAUUGAAAAGUUGAACAAACCCAAAAAUUGCAGGGGAAAGGAUCAUUUUGGGUGUUGUAUGGGGGGUUUUUAGUGGGUGUUUGGUUUUUUGUUUUGUUUUGUUUUAUCAUUGCUUCAGUUGACAGCUGUAACUGGAGUUUUAAUCCUGAUAUUUAUACUAAAUUCAUGGCACUCUGGCACUGUAGUUUUUAUGAUGCAAUUGACUGUCCUGCAGUAGAAAGUCUUCAUUUUUGGCUUAGGGUUUGAAUGAUGUCUUCUCUCCAUGUGAAUUAACUUGCCACACUUCGGUACAGACGCUUCCCUUAAUGUUUAUAAUGUACUUCAGUCUCAGUAUCACAAAACUGUAGCUCCCUGUGAUUAUGAAGGUCUGUAUCACAUGAUUGCUUUGUGUGGAUAUUGUUCAGAACUAUAACUUCCUGUCACAAAAGCACUAAAUAUGGGGAAGUUGUACUGCUUCUGAAUCUGUAUGCAAAGUACUAUUGCAAUGAGUGUUUCACUUGGGUUUACUGUAACAGCCAAUGGUUUGUUUCAGAGGACUUGUAUAGACUAAUAAAUUCUUUUUCCACAGUG